AUGGCCAGCCAAGGCGCCACCAAUCCUCGUCAGGGAACCUUAAGGGCGCAGAACGGGGGACCCAAACACAGUCACCUUGGCAUUGACAAUUCCGCCUUCAGGAUUUCUGAUCCCUAUACAAUCCCAAUCGACAGUUUAAAUGACGACCAGAUGGUUAAAACCUUGGUUAAUGGCCACACAAGAAGCGAUCAACACUUUUCCAGUACUUUAACUAAACACAACAACCUGUUUGAAUCUAAAAGAAACAAUUACGCAACAAUUAGACAGGUUGUCACAAACGGUACGGCUUCCAGAAGAAUCAAUGUUAACGGUGGGUCCAAACAAUCACAAACAUUAGGCCGAAGUUCAGCCUAUGCAAGAGGUGCCUAUCCACUAGGAACUAUUUCACGUGGGUAUCUGGUAGGCUUGGAUGACCUACCCAGACACCGGCAAGGAUCACAGAAAAAGAGUUGUAUAUCAUUCUUUGAUAUUGAGACGGACAGAGUGUCCAGUUAUCAGUACAGACCUGGAGAAGAUAUAACUGGCAAAGUCACCAUUGUGAUCCGCAAAAAUGUGGAGAUUCGAUUCGUGGAGAUGAUUGUCACUGGGCAAGGAAGGCUGGCUAUAGGAAAAUCGGAGUUUCCCCAUUCGGUGCGAGAGACGUACGUACACAAAGAGAAAUGUAUUAUUGGUACUUGGGAAGCGUGGCACAGUUCUAUGCUGACUCCAGGCCGUUAUACUUCACAGUUUCGUGUCAAGCUACCAACGGAUCUUCCAUCAACAAUUCACAGCGAAGAUUCUGACAAUGGAUCGACGUUUGACAUUACUUAUACUAUCAGAGUUAGAAUGUGCGACGACGGGGGCGGAGUUUCUGCUGCAUCAGUGCCUCUUCAUAGUAACAGGGUUCGAGUCUUUUUGGAAAAGCAGGUCAACUUCAACGUUCAGCGUGGAUUUGACGUGAACACUAUACCAGAUUUCAAUUCCCCUAUCGUACACACUGAACAGGUCUACCUUGCAUGCACACAUCACCAGCCAGCUAUUGUGUCCAUUAACUUGGAUCGUGCCGUGUUUCUUGCUGGAGACGAUAUACGUAUGCAACUUCAGGUCUCGUUACCAAGUUCACAAAGUGUCAAGGAAAUAAUCUGCAAACUGCAGGAAUACAUCACAAUCGGCCCCAAACAAGAGCCCAUAGAACUUACUCUGUCCAAGAUCAUACGUAAAAACCCCAAUUUGACCAGGGAAAAGCUACCCGGUCAAACAGGAGAUAACACCUUUGCUGUUACGAUGCCAACGUAUACUGGAUUGGUCUCUCCGUACAUUCUUGGAAGCAGCCAAAUCAAAUUUGGUUACUACCUUCUUGUGGAGAUCAAGUUUACUCCUGCCGGCGGAAAGUUGUCUUUCAAGGUUCCUGUAGGCAUUGGCCCAUGUGCCGACCCAAUCUACGCUGAGAAAACAUCAUCCAAGAAAUUAGUUCCUGUAUUUAAUAGACCUACUAGGUUUCCAUGUUUUUCGGGCAAGACGAUACCUGGGCCAAUUCAAGAUGGCUCGCCUUCGUCUCGAACAACAGCAUCAGUACAUGUAACAACGAAGUACUCCAAUGGAUUCUUUACCCGCUGUUUUCUAUGUUGUACCACCGCCGAAGACGAUUAA